UCUUGCGCACGACAUUUGCCCUUCUCCUACUCCAACCGCGUCCCAGCUGGGCUCAACCCAUCUCCAAACCUUCAUUCCUCGUAUCCUGUUACCAUUAACAUUCCCAACAAACAUUCAAUAUAAAGCUGUAAUAUAAUAUCAAAUAUAAAAACAUAUAUAUAUUUAUGAACUCUUCAACCUAUUGUAGGCUUUCCCACUUAUUUGUGGACAUCAUCCUCAUGGACAGCAUAACUUGGGACCUCCAUUAGCCUAGGCAUUAUAUUUCUUCCCAACUACCAUAGACCUUUUGUUCUUAAUAAUAUAUUUUCUGAUAUGAAUGUCAAAUACCUUGAAAUAGUCUACAUAUUUUGAACCUAAUUUUUUAAAAAAAGAACUAUCAAACCAGAGUUUAUCUUGGCAAAGCUUAUUUGCUGACUGCAAACUAUUUGAACAAUCACUGGGAUUGGACUCCAAGGUUUUGGUAGAAACGUAGCAGAGAAGAAAAUUUCACAAAUGGCGAGUUCACGAACUUUGUUGCUAGCUUUAUUCGUUUUCCUAACAGCAUUUGAUCUGAGUCCAGUUGAUGCCAACUUCAUCAAGAGCAUGUAUUUCUACUGGGGAGCUCAGCAUUCUGCAGUUCUGGGCAAUGGUGACGAGCUUCAACUUGUUUUGGAUCAAACAUCAGGGUCAGGUAUCAUAUCAAAGCGGUCAUUCCUGUUUGGAAGCAUUCAGAUGUUAAUCAAGUUGGUACCUGGAAACUCAGCUGGAACUGUCACUGCCUACUAUGUAUCCUCCAAUGGGGACAGACAUGACGAGAUAGACUUCGAAUUCUUGGGGAAUGUCUCAGGCCAACCAUACAUCAUCCACACAAACAUCUAUGCCCAAGGAAAUGGCAGCAGGGAGCAGCAGUUCUACCCCUGGUUUGACCCAACUGCCGAUUUCCACAACUACACUAUUCAUUGGAACCCUUCUGAAAUUGUGUGGUUUGUUGACGGUGUGCCAAUUCGUGUGUUCCGUAAUUACGAGAGUGAGGGCAUUGCUUAUCCAAACAAACAAGGCAUGAGGGCAUACUCAAGCCUAUGGAAUGCUGAUAAUUGGGCAACUAGAGGCGGGCUGGUUAAGAUUGACUGGAAUAGUGCACCAUUCAUAGCAAGAUACCGCACUUUUAGGGCAAGGGCUUGCAAGUGGAAUGGACCGGCUAGCAUCAGUCAAUGCGCUUCCAACACACCUGCUAACUGGUGGACGUCACCGACAUACAGUCAGUUAAGUUAUGCAAAGCAGGGUCAGAUGAAGUGGGUAAGAGAUAACUACAUGAUCUAUGACUACUGCAAGGAUUUUAAAAGGUUCAAUGGACAAAUACCACCAGAAUGUUUUAAACCACAGUUCUAAGAUGAAGGGACCUGAUGUGAUCUCUAGAAGAAGACGAAUAACACAGCAGCUCCAGUUUUUCUCCCACUACCUGCAUACAACUGAGAGAUUUUUUUUUUUUCAUGGUUCUUCGUGUUCUAAUCAUUUUGAUUUCAUUCUUUCCUUGGUGUUUCAGUUAUGCAAAUUUGUUGCUUUCAUUCAGUUGCUUCAAUUAAUAGAACAGAGUGAUUGAAUACGAA